UCCUUUAAUGUAACAUCGAGGACAGUAGAGCAGAUGUGCCAAUCCCCAUUUCACACAAAAGGGGCGGGGCAGCGCGCAGACAGGAUUCAGGGAGGGGGGCAGAAUAACGCGGACGAAGAACCGUUAUCAUGGCUGACAAGGAAGAGGGAACAAGAACCACGGGGAACAGCCCACCGAUUGAGGUUGAGCAAGGUCCUCUGGUCUUGGUGACGUUCCAGAAGAACCCGGCACGCAAACAGAAGUACCUGGAGGCCCAACCUAAAGAAUUAGGGAUCACCCAGAUAGGCCUGACUUUGUAUCAGAUGUCCUGGGUGUUUGCGUUAGUCUACAUCGAUUCCGUGCGUGGAGAAACCGGUCUGAGGGUUUUGUUCACCAUUGCCUCUGUAGUGGUGAUACUAGCUGGAUGUCUGGCCAUCGCUGCUACGACGCUCCACAUUCCCACUUUGAGAGCCUGCCUUACCAUGCAGAUCCUGGCCAUCGCUGCCUCGGUAUGCGGCUUCAUCCUCACGAUGGGGCAGUUUGAGAUCGGCGUUUUGCAUGGCUGCUGGUUUGGCGAGCACAGCAAUAGGAAGACCACCGAGCAAAGCAUUUGCGAAAAAAUGGAUAAUUUCUUCCAUUACCUGCACGCGGGAGGGACGCUGGUGCAGACGGCGCUGGUGGCUAUCUCCAUUACCCUGGCGGUCUACUGCUGCAAAGUGAUCAACUGUUGUUCACCGGGAUCCAGAAUGCCGGUGAUCACUGUGCAAGCCCCUUCCAACCCUUCUGCUCCUGAAUGAAGACAAAUGCUUUGAAAGUAAAGAGGAAUCACUGACUAACACAUCCAUUAAAACCAUAUAUAUGGUUAACUGCUACGCAGAUGUUGAGGCAACAUGCACAGUGUUGGCAUUGAUUCGUUGUCGAGAGCAUUACCUUUUACUGAUUAACCUUCUGACAUUUAGCCAUCUGACUGAUCCUUCAGAUUGUCAUCAUUCUGGGGCCAAGUUUGAUAUUAACUCUUGUGAACAUUUGCAAUAUGUAAAACAUUAUUUUUAACACAAUCAUAUGUAAAGCCAUAUAUGUUCUCCCAGUUACAAACCACCGAGGUGACUGACUUUAGUUAACCCGUUUAUUUCAGAGUGUGUUGACCGUCGGGGGCUCUCUGGGGUGUGUGUGGUGAUGGCUGGAUGCACCACAGGGGUGCAGCCUCACCCAGCCCAGAGUUGUAUCAGUCAGACUCAGGCCAGGUGAGGCUGCUUAAACUGGCCAUCAUCCACACACACUCCACACCAUACUAAUAACUCAUUUUAAAUGAUUGAUAUACUUUUUUUCAGCAUUGAAUAGGACACACUCUUUAUCAGACAAGUAUUUAUUUCAUUUUUUUAUGCAAGUCAACGUGUGGCAAUUUUGUGUUCGCAAGUGACUGCAAAGUGUUGAGUACACAUUUCCAAAAUGUGGCUCCAAGCUGCUGAAGUACUCAGCGUCUAGCCUGGUCCUACCAGACCAUCGUACUUCAUUUCAUUUGUACAGAAGUGAAAUGAAAAUUGAGCGGAAGUAGGUAGGUGGGCGGUGCCAGGCUACUCAGCAUCCCCUCCUAGUCCUAUAACCAUCAAGUAUAUGAGUAUUCUAAUACAGUAAACGAAACCAAUGUGUAUCCUGCAACUUAUAUAAAACAUGCUCCUUAAAGUUCCCUACCCUGCUUUGUCUUUGUUGCACAGCUACUUUAUGUUGCCUUCUUCUCAAUCCUGUUUUUACCCUCUAUUAAAAAAUGUUUUGCGACAAAGUAGCACACAGAUUAAACACAUAAAAUAAAUAGAUAAAUACA